AUGGCCGCCACCCCAAGUGCGCUCAAACAGCGUAACCAAAAGGCCGCCUCAACCACCCUCCCUUCCUCCACCGGCACCAGCAAGGAAAACAACAAGCAUGGACUGACAAAGGCACAUUCAGGAUUCUCGUCCCGCAAGACUAUUCUCUCCGCCUGGGCGACCUUCCUCGGUUUCCUCUUGAUCUUGGGCAUCAUCAACUACCAGCUCCAUUACACCCUCCCGACGCCCGUCCAAGAUGCUACCAACCCGGUGACAGGAGAGGUCCAGUUCUCGGAGGAGAGUGUUCGUAAGGUGGUCAGGCAUCUGGCCCACGAUAUCGGAUACCGUGUUGUCGGGACUGAGCAGGAGGUCGAGGCCAAGGAGUAUCUGAUCAAAGAGCUGGCCCAGUUGAAGGAGCAAUCGCUUGUUGCUCAGCAUCGUUGGAAGGGAGAGAACAAGGCUACAGAAACUCAGGAUGUCUCGUUCCCUAACUUUGAUAUGUGGGUUCAGGUCAGCGAUGGGUCUCAUCGGUUCGACUUUAUGUCCAAAGGCAAAACGGCAUUGUAUGCCAACCAGUUUUCUGUUGUCGUUGUUGUUGUUAGCUUGUUGGUGAUGAAGAUGUACACCAACAUGACCAAUAUUAUUGUUCGACUCUCCUGUGGACCCGAAUGUGAUGAAAAUACUAUCCUGCUCAACUCUCAUUACGACACGACCCUCGGAUCCCCUGGUGCCGUCGAUGACGGUCUUGGAGUUGGCGUCAUGAUGGAGAUUAUCCGCGUCAUGUCCCAACGUCCUUCCAAGAUGAAGAACGGCAUUGUUUUCUUGUUCAACGGAGGAGAAGAGUCGCUGCAGGAUGCUUCUCAUGCCUUCAUUACCCAGCACGAGCUUAAGGACAACGUCAGGGCCGUCGUCAACCUGGAGGCCUGCGGUACCUCUGGUCGGGAAAUUCUCUUCCAGGCCAACUCGCGUGCCAUGAUCGAUGCCUACGCGACCGUGCCUCACCCCCACGGUACCGUCCUCGCAAACGACCUCUUUGCCACUGGACUCAUCUUAUCGGAUACCGACUACCGCCAGUUCGCUGAACACGGCAACCUGACAGGAUUGGACAUGGCGGUCUACAAGAACAGUUACCUCUACCAUACCCAUCUCGAUCUGGACGAGUACAUGGAGGCUGGUCUGCCCCAGCAUAUGGGCGAGAACGCCUUGGCGCUGGCGACCUUUUUGACCGAGAAGGCGGAGCUCACCAACUUGGAGGCAACCACGAGCGUCGUCUUUUUCGAUGUCUUUGGCCUCUUCUUUGUUGCUUACUCGUGGGCGACCGCACUCAAGUCGCAUUUCCUCAUUGGCGGCUUGGCUCUCCUUACUAUGGCCACCCCAGUCUCUCGCCCCUCUGUCCGCGGCACCAUCUCAAUCUUCCUGUCGUUCCUCGCCGCGAUUCUGUUGCCCAACGUUUCCGUAAUCCUGCUCAAGGCUCUGGGUACACCCAUGCAGUGGUUCUCGCACGAGUGGCUUUCGUCGUUGCUCUUCUCGCCCAUGUCCCUCGCCGGCAUGUUUGGUGUCCAGUACCUGUUCCAUGACAGCAAGGCCAGUAGUGGCGCCAACGAGUUGAAUACCUUCUCGAGUCUCCAGCUCUUCUUCACCAUUGCCCUUGCCUCGGUCUCGUAUGCCGGUCUUGCCAGUUCCUACGUCUUUGCGCUCUUCACCCUUAGCACCACUAUCGCCCUUUUCAUCAACUACAGAAAGGUCGCACAGGAGAGCAAGAACGGAUCGGAGGUCCUCAGUGUUGAUUUCUCGACAUACUUUAUUGCUUCCAUCAUCCCAUCUUCCUACUUGGCCUUUGUCAUCUUCAGUGUGCUGGACAUCUUUAUUCCCUUGACCGGUCGCAUUGGUGUCGAUGCCCCCGUUGACAACAUUGUCGCCGUCUUGACCGGUUUCCUCACAUUCGUCUUUUGCCCACCCGUCCUCGCCUUCUCUCACCGUUUCGGUCGUACAGUCUUGAAGCACAUUGUCAUUGGCCUCUUGGUCAUCCACCUUCUCAUCGUCCUCCUGUCCUCGGCCACCAGCUCGGCGUACGAUGAACUCCACCCCAAGCGCGUCUUUGUCCAGCAUGUCCGCAACAUGACCUCGGGCGAGUCGGGUCUCUACAUUGCCCAUGCUGACCCCGGUCCAUUCUAUGAACCCUAUGUGACCAAGGUCGAGACGCUGUUCAACGAGAUAUCGACCUUCCGCUCCGCCGAGGCCAACCCCGGUGACUGGAGCGCCAUCUAUCCAUUCAACCAGUUCUUGGAAUCCUAUGUGAUCGAUACCACGCCCUAUAUCAAGGCCCAGACCAAGAACCAAACCAUCUCCGAGUCCCAGGAACCCCUGACGACCUUUGUCCAGCAGACACCCCGCUUGACCGCUGAGAAGAUCUCGUACGAUCCCUCGACCGGUCUCCGCAAACUGACGGUCCUCUGCACCCAUCCCAACUAUAUCUGGACGGUGGCCAGUUUUGAUACCCACUUGACUUCUUGGUCAUUGACGUCCUCAGAGCCCUUCACACACCAUUCGCACUAUGUUAUCCGUCAUGUGGGCACGUUUGCAAGCGAUGGAUGGAGUUUGGAGUUGGAGUAUAAGGCCUCGGGACCUGAGGACAAGUUGACGGUUGAGUUAACGUCGAUGGAAACGGAGGGUUUUGGGAAGGAUGAGGAGAGGGAGUUGAUUGGAAGUGGGGAGAUUGGAGUGAUGCGGAAAGUGUUGAAGAAUGCGCCUUCCUGGGUUGCAUUGACUUACUUUGGCACCACCGUUGAUCGGUUCCAGCUUUAA